UGGGAAAAUUGUUUACGUAAAAGGCGGAACCUUGGAUUGUCUGCAGAAGUUGUUUGGCUUGGUAACAGUCUUGUGCGCACAAAUCUGGUGGUGUCAAUUUUGUCGAUUUAUAGCAACGAAUUUAUUGUUUUGUAUAUGGGUUUUUAGUCCUCUCAUAUAAUUUUGUCUUAGCAUUAUUGAAUCGCCAUCGUUGUUACUAGAAAUGGCAAAUUAUGUGGACUACACUUACUCGUCCUCAGACAGUGGUGAAUCAGAUUAUACUGGCAAAUCUCAAUGCCUAGAUUUUUCUUAUUCAAUGAUCAACAGUGACACUUUGUCCGCAAAGUUAGAAACGAUCACUAGUGAGAGAGGAUCUCACCUGCACAAAGCAAAUUAUUAUGAAUCUAUGAUAUUGCAACAUAACAGACUGACUACACUCCCUGAUUCUCUAAUCCACUUUGUUAACAUCAAGAUUCUAAAUUUGUCUGGGAACAAUCUUACCUUCAUUCCGGAUUUGAUUCUCGAGUUAAAAAACCUCACAUCUCUCAUUGCCAAAACCAAUCGUUUGGAAGAUGGUGGCAUUCCAAAAAAUUUGGGUGUUUGCAAAAGCCUCAGAGAAGUCAAUUUUAGUGGAAAUAAUUUAACCCGAUUUCCAGAACAGCUUCUAGAACUAGAUGGACUCCGAUAUCUUUAUAUAGGAGGCAACCACAUUUCAAUGAUUCCCAAUACAAUCGGGAGACUACAAAGGCUAAAGGUCUUGUAUUUGGGCGGAAACUGCUUAACAGAUAUUCCAGCAGAAGUUGGUCAACUGGCAAAAUUGCAAGCCCUAGUGUUAUCUGAGAACCAGCUUGAGAGCAUUCCAUCUACAAUUAUUCAAUUGAAGAAGCUUCGAACCCUUUCACUACACAAAAAUCAGUUAACUACACUACCACCCCAGAUUGUGGCUUUAAAGGAGCUAAUGGAGUUAAGUCUGAGGGAUAACCCUUUGGUGGUUCGCUUCGUACGUGACCUAACCUACAACCCACCGACGUUACUAGAACUGGCAGGAAGAGUCAUUAAGUCCAAUUGUAUCCCCUAUAAUACUUGCGAGAUACCACAACAUUUGGCAGCGUAUCUCGGAAGCGCUCAUCAGUGCGUCAACCCAAAAUGUCAAGGAGUAUACUUUGAUAGCCGAGUGGAGCAUGUCAAAUUUGUCGAUUUUUGUGGGAAAUACCGCAUUCCGUUACUCCAAUAUCUGUGCUCUCCCAACUGCACUAAAAAUCCCGUCUCUUCAUGUUGUCCAGUUGAUUCUGAAGAUUCUGAUGAAGGCAGAAUGAAAAAAGUUCUGUUGGGUUAAUUCGUGUUCACUAGAAGUUUCCAAUUCAUGUAUUCUCAGUGUUGGCGGUUUUAUUACAUCAUACAUAUUUCU